CCGAAAAUAAAUAAUAAAGAGAAGGUAAAGUUCACAUUUAAAAGAUCCGUACCAUCCAUUUGUCUAUCUCUCUCCCUCCCUCGACAUGAAAGGUGCCAGACCCGAAAUCCGAUUGCAACAGGAUCGGCGAACAUGACGAUGCCGACGAUGAAGCAGCUCUCCAAAUGGGUAUCGGAUCUCGAGUGGCGGGUCCUCCUCCUCCUGCUUCUCCCCCUCUCCCUCUUCCUCUUCGUCUCCCUCUCUCUCUCCAACUCCUCCUCCGUCCUCUUCAAGUCCCUUCCCUCUUUCGCCCCUCUCCAGUCCUUUAUUUACGGCCCUGCCCCCCGGAGGUCGCCGAUUCCUCCGCCGCCGGCUCCCAGCGCGACCGAUUUGCAGCGGUCGAAAAUCGCGGUGUGCCUGGUGGGCGGGGCCCGACGGUUCGAGCUGACUGGGCCGUCGAUUGUGGAUAGGAUUCUGAGGGUUUAUCCCAACUCCGAUCUCUUCCUUCACAGCCCUCUCGACUCCGAUGCCUUCAAAUUCUCUCUCCUCAAGAUCGCCCCCCGAAUCGCCGCAGUGAGGAUCUUCAUGCCCCAGCCCCUCCCGGAAACAGAGUCGCAGCUCCGAGUCCUCACCGCUAGUAACUCGCCUAACGGCAUACAGGGAUUGUUGCAGUAUUUCACACUCGUCGAGGGAUGCUUGACGAUGAUCAAAGCGUAUCAAAGCCGCCAAAACUUCACUUACGACUGGAUAGUCCGCACCCGAGUCGACGGGUACUGGUCGGCCCCGCUCAGCCCCCGCAACUUCGUUCUGGGCCGGUACCUGGUCCCCCCGGGCUCGUCCUUUGGCGGACUCAACGACCGCCUCGGAAUCGGGGACUUCAACACCUCCGCAGCGGCUCUCUCGCGCAUCUCGCUUGUCCCGAAGCUCGACUCGGCCGGGUUCCGCCAACUCAACUCGGAGGCGGCCUUCCGGGCCCAACUCACCACCGAGGGAGUCCCCUACGUCACCAAACGCCUCCCCUUCUGCGUCGUCACGGAUCGGAAGUACGGGUUCCCGCCGUCUCAGUACGGGGUUCCAGUGGCGGCGAUGUCGAGCCGGGGGCCGCUGAGCGGCAUGAAAUGCCGGCCGUGUGCGGCGGCGUGCUCUGGCGAGUGCGUCGGGAGAGUGAUGGACGGGCUUUAUAAAGGGUGGAGCUGGACGGAGUGGUCCAACGGGACGCUCGAGCUCUGCGACGCUCACGGCGAGUGGGAGAAGGGCUGGGAGGCGACGUUCGACUGGCUGGCCGGGAAGAAGCUAGCGGCGGGGCGGCGGCGAGUUUCGAGACUGAAGCUGAAGCAAUGUGUGGAUGAUUUCGAGGAGAUGAGGCGGAAAACGACGAUCUGGGAGGCUCCGCCGGCGACGGAGAUUUGUCAACUGGGAUCCGUGGCGGAAUAAGGGUGUAAAGAGGUUAGGAAUUAGGAUAAGAAAAAAGAGUAUUUUUGGAUUCGUAAAAGUUUGAUUUUUUAUGAUAGAAGAUAUAUAUAUAUAAAAUACAUCACAUCUAUUUAAUUUCAAAUUAUUUCUUAGUUUUAGGUUUUUAAAUAAAAAGCUCACAUUUUUCUUUC